AUGAUGGCGAUCAUCGGAAUGUUUUUCCAGGACGGCUUGACCGGCUCUGCCUGGGGCGACUGGGCGCUCUACACGGGGUCUCCGUUGCGCGCGUUCGAGAGCGAGCUGGGCGUGCAGGCCCCUGUGGGCUACUGGGAUCCCCUUGGCCUGAGCGCCGACGGCGACGCCGACUCCUUCAAGCGGCGCCGGGAGACGGAGCUGAAGCACGGACGGGUGUCGAUGCUCGCGACGAUGGGCUACAUCUCCCCCGAGUACUUCAAGUUCGCUGGCUACCUCUCGCCGUCCACCGGUCUGAAGUUCUCGGACGUGCCGAACGGCCUUGGCGCGCUCGCAAAGGUGCCAGGAGCUGGCAUCUGUCAGUGGGUCAUCUUUUGCGGGCUGGUGGAGGUCAACUUCGGUUUCGGCGCCUUCAAGCGGGGCAGCGAGCCAGGCAACUACGGGUGGAGGGCGAUCACCUCGACCGACCCCGAGACGAAGCAGAAGAAGCUCAGGGCCGAGCUCGCCAACGGCCGCCUGGCCAUGAUGGCGAUCAUCGGCAUGUUUUUCCAGGACGGUUUGACCGGCUCUGCCUGGGGCGACUGGGCGCUCUACACGGACUCCCCGCUCCGCGCGUUCGAGAGCGAGCUGGGCGUGCAGGCUCCCGUGGGCUACUGGGAUCCGGCGGGGUACAGCCAGGAUGGGGAUGCCGAGGCAUUCAGGCGCCGCCGUAUGACCGAGAUCAAGCAUGGCCGCGUCUCCAUGAUCGCGUGCAUCGGCUACAUCGUGCCCGAGUACUUCAAGUGGCCAGGGCUCGUGUCGCCCUCGAACGACCUGGCCUUCAGUGACGUGCCGAACGGCCUGGCCGCCCUCUCCAAGAUCCCCGCUGGAGGUUGGGCUCAGACAUUCCUGUUCGCGGGCCUCAUCGAGACUGGAUACUUCUCGCAGGAGGAUGGCAGAGCUCCCGGGGAUUUCGCGAAUGCUGGGCCCUUGGGCGUGCCCAACGGAGCUCCCAGCAUGACCGAUACCGAGGCCAGGAAGACCAAGCUCAACGCCGAGAUUGCGAACGGUCGCCUGGCCAUGAUGGCGAUCAUCGGCAUGUUCUUCCAGGACGGCCUGACCGGCGCUGCAUGGGGUGACUGGGCGCUCUACACGGACUCCCCGCUCCGCGCCGAGCCCGUCUCCGUCGCCGCCGCCGCCGCCGCGGCCGCCGCGGCCAAGGGCGCGGUGGCGGCGGGCUCCGCGAAGGCGGCGGGCGCCAUGGCGGCCUCGGGCGCGGCCGCGGGCGCGGGCGUGCUCAGGCAGGGGAAGACGGCGCCUGGCCUGGCCACCAGCUACGAGCCCUUCGGCCCGGGCCCAUUCGACCCCGCGAAGCAGGUGGGGGCGCUCCCGCCGCUCGGCUUCUGGGACCCUGCGGGCCUGUGCACGGACGAGGCCACCUUCCGCAAGUACCGCACGGCCGAGAUCAAGCACGCCCGCGUGGCCAUGAUGGCGGCCAUCGGCCUCACCGCGGCCCACGGCAACAAGUUCCCGUGGGUCAGCCCGGAGACCCCCUCCGGCCUGGCGGCCCUGCAGGAGAGCCGGCGGCCGCCCAGGCCUUCGGCAUCCUCUUCCUGA